GCCACUGGGAAUGCGUGAAGUCAGCGAAGUGUUUCCUGACGCAAGGGAGAAGAGAUUCCGGGCGCGAGGACGUCUAUUACGGAGUACUUGGAUUUGGGGGCCAUGGAAUGCAAUAAUACCGUGUUUAAUUGGGGAAUGGAGGAUGGUCUCGGGUCUUGGAGUGCUAUCACUUCUCUUUUCCCUUUUCCUUUCCCGUUUUCUUACUUUUUCUUCUCUUUUCGUUUCUUUUUUUUCUUCUCUAAUUCCUUUAAUUAAGAUUGCUGGCUGGUCAUGUUUGAAACAUGACUGGGGGGUGGUUCCAUUCGAUCUUUGAUUAAAUUCCAUGAAGAUGGUUGUAAUUGUACUGUACUCCGCAUUCACCUGUGGAAUGUUCCAUGGAUUCAAUUGCCCUUUUUUCCGUCCAUUACUGUUUCGAUUUCAUUUGCUUAAGUGGGUUUAUGGAUAUCGGGAGUUUUGC